ACUACUUCAAAGCGCCCUUCUAAGAGGAAAGUGGAAAAGUUUCAGAAGAACAUCACAAAGACGGGAUUAGUGCCUGAAACCACUUCAAAGAAAGGAUAUGACUACCUAGUUGGGCCUAUCGUUCUUGGUUUCUUUGUCUUUGUAGUCAUUGGAUCAUCCCUCUUUCAAAUAAUAAGGACAGCUACAAGCGGUGGGAUGGCCUGAGCAAGAGCAGAAGG